AUGCCGGAAGACGACGGUGACUUCGGCAUGGCCUCCCUCAAAAUCACGGACAACACUACAUCCGGCCAUGCUGCGGCGCUCGAAAACUUCACACAACGACUGAACUUCACCCAACUUGCGUCUCUGGUGGCGGAUACUCCCCCAUCGGCGCCCAUCAUCGGGGACGACGACGAUUCACAAGCGAGCGUCUACGAAGGUAGCGACACCACCACCAAGAUGAACGCCGCCCAGACCGCCCUCGCCACCUACGAGCUCCUCCAAAACAUUCUGUUUUUCCUGCCGUCUGCCGACAUUCUCCGCUGCCAGCGCGUCAGCACAGCGUGGAAGGAAGUCUCAAACUCGACUGCUGUGCGCAAAGCCCGUUGCAUCGACCCCAUCGAGCUGAUGGACCUGGAUUCAUUCGCCGACUAG